CAGAGAUAUAAUGGUUUCAGAGAAAGGGAGAGAGAGAGAAGGGCACCACCAUUGAAAGCCACUCUGUUAGUAAACCUGGAGUCCUCAUUCUUCGCUCUCUCCCAUAUUGUUUUUCCCAAAAAAAAAAAACCAACUUCUCCCUCUUCCCUAUUUUCUUUUUCUUUUUCUUGGUUGCCUCUGCAUUGCCUCUACUUUCCCUCUCUGCCUUUCCUUGCUCUUUUUUCUUUCUUCUACCUUCCCUUAACCCUAACCCAAACCCAUCUCUGUUUUUCCGCUUGGUCUCUGAUUGAGGUAUUGAGACCCCACGGAUAUUGUGGAUUGAGAUCUUGGCUAAUUGGGGAUAUAAGUAAUAUAUCCCUUUUUCAGUUCAAAUGGGGGUAACCUUUUCGUGCCCGCUUGCUGAUAUGGAUGAUUUAGAAAGUCGAUUUGAAGCUGCGCUUGUGAGAUCAAUCAGUUUUGAUGAUGGAGAUAUCAGAUUUAAUGGGCAGGAUUUGGAAAACUCGGCUAUGAAAUCAUACGGUUCUGGCAAGAUAAUAUUUGAAGGCUCUCUUAGCUUUAAAGGUAGAGAAUUGGAGACUUUGUUCUCUUUCAAAACCCCGACUGCAGAUGCAGAAAACGAUAUGUUUCUAAGUUCACCAACCGUUAAGAAUGGUGAUAAUGGGGACCAGUUGCCAAGAUUUGACCAUUUGUCCGAGAACAAACUGGAUUCAUCAACAUUAAAGCCUGAGACCCACAGAUAUCAGGCUGCAUUGAAGUUGCAGAAAGUGUACAAAAGUUUCCGAACAAGGAGAAAGUUGGCAGAUUGUGCAGUUCUCGUCGAGCAGAGAUGGUCGAAGCUGUUAGAUUUCGCUGAACUUAAGCGGAGUUCUAUAUCAUUUUUUGAUAUUGAGCGACCUGAAACAGCUUUUUCACGCUGGUCAAGAGCAAGGACAAGAGCAGCCAAAGUGGGGAAAGGCUUAUCGAAGGACAAAAAGGCUCGGAAGCUAGCUUUACAACAUUGGCUUGAAGCAAUUGAUCCUCGCCAUCGCUAUGGCCACAAUCUACAGUUUUACUAUGCUAAAUGGCUCCACUGUGAAAGUAAACAGCCCUUUUUCUAUUGGCUUGAUAUUGGAGAUGGGAAAGAAGUCAAUAGUGAGAGGUGUCCUCGAUCGAAGCUUCACCAACAAUGCAUAAAGUAUCUUGGUUCAAGUGAAAGGCAAGCUUAUGAAGUUACAGUGGAGAACGGGAGGUUGGUGUACAAGCAAAGCGAAAAACCUCUGGAUACUACAGGAGGUCCCAUAGAUGCUAAGUGGAUUUUUGUCCUCAGCACUUCGAAGACCUUGUAUGUUGGUCAGAAGUGCAAAGGAAAAUUUCAACAUUCGAGUUUCUUAGCUGGCGGAGCCACCUUAUCUGCUGGAAGAUUAGUCGUGCAAGAUGGUAUUCUGAAGGCAGUUUGGCCUCACAGUGGACACUAUCUUCCAACGGAAGAGAACUUCGAGGAGUUCGUGUCAUACCUUAAGGAGCAUAAUGUUGAUCUCACUAACGUACAGAAAAGCCCAACUGAAGAGGAAGAAGAAGCAUUAUUCAACAUUGAACGUAGAAGCUCCAUUCCCCUUCGGGCAGAUUUAUCUGAAGAUGUUGAAGGUUUGGCACAAGAGAACAGUGGUUCAAGGGAACAAAAUUCAAAUUCUGCAGCAAAUUGCGAGCCAGCCUCAUUAAAGUCAUCUCGUCAUGAAUUUGGCUCGAACAUAGCAAAACUCGACAUACCAAAAAGAGCUGAUAUGUUUGAUAUUUUCAAGACAGAAGCAUUUCUCCCAAGUUUACGCGGGCAACCUUCAAGUUCUCUUUUAGAGCCUCCAGAGUCCUCCUCUGAAGAUGGUUAUGAAACAGCAGAGGAAUCGUUUUUGACCGAGGAGGAUUUCAUGGUUUCUAAACUGAAUUUGUUUGGUGAAGAUGAAGAAGAUGAGAAGCCAGUACCAAAAGAAAAGAUCAUGAAGAGAAUAGAUUCACAUAAAACAAUGAAUUCAUAUCAGCUGGCUCAACACUUAUCAUCUAAAUGGAGCAGUGGAGCUGGACCGCGUAUCGGUUGCAUGAGGGAUUACCCCUCAGAGCUUCAAUUCCGGGUUCUAGAGCAAGCUAACUUGUCUCCAAGAUCAAGACAUGCCAAUGCAUCUCCUCACACGACAAACCGCUUGAGCCCAAGUCCUCUGUCUAAAGAAACAACUACAGGCAGAAGUCCUCUUGCUGCAGAUAAAAUGUCAUAGAAGAAAACUUAUUUCAUGAUUUGAUUGAAUUUGGGUAGAGAAGAUGUUGAAGAAUUCUUUCAGUUUCAGUUGCAUUCCACUUUCCUAUUUUUUUGUAGAUCUUAUGGGGAAACUAUAUUUGAUUUAGUGGCUUAUAUGUGCCAGUUUUGGGAGGGUGGAGUAAUCUAUUUUAUUGGGGACUGAUAAUGAAGAAUUAAGUUCUAAGAAUAAAGUUCUGAAGUUACA